AUGGACCGACAUGAGUUAUCAGUCUACAACCCAAACCCUCAACGUCUUGCUGGACCACAAUUGCUGCAUCAUCUAGUCACUUCUCCCAAUGAAGCAACAGCAAUAGAAUUCUUGUCUGGUAAUGAACAAACAUCAAUAUCUUACAAGGAAUUGCAUGAUGCUUCCGACCGUCUUUGCCACUCUAUGGAAGCUCUAAUUGCAGAGUCCCGAGACAUUGAGACGGAUACAGUCAUCCCUGUGCUAAUACCUCAAUCUCUUCAUCUAUACAUCUCUCUUUUGGCGAUACUCAAGGCCGGGGGUGCCUUUUGUCCCUUAAAUGCUGACGCGCCUCCUGAGCGAGUCAAGUUUAUCUUGAAAGAUGUAUCCGCCAAAGUUGUGCUUGUAACACGAGAGCUUGCCCACAGGAUACCUGCAGAAUGCAAUGUCAAAGUCAUUCAAGUGGACACGCAAAGCUUCGAAUCCGAGCACGAACGAGAGCCGUCUUUCAAAGUAGACCCUGAACGAUUAGCCUAUGUCAUGUACACAUCAGGCUCUACUGGAACCCCAAAAGGAGUUGGCUUAACCCACAGCGCGGCAACCCAGGCUCUGCUAGCUCACGAUCGACAUAUUCCUGAGUUCAGGCGAUUUCUACAGUUUGCUGCACCUACUUUCGAUGUGUCCGUCUUUGAGAUAUUCUUUCCUCUUUUCAGAGGCAGCACUCUCAUCUCCAUAACCAGGGAAGAGAUGCUCGAUGAUCUUCCUGGAGUCAUGCGCCGAAUGGACGUUGAUGCUUGUGAAUUGACUCCAACAGUCGCAGGAAGCCUCUUGAAGAAGAGGGAAGCCGUACCGAAACUCAAGCUGCUACUGACUAUCGGCGAAAUGCUUAAAAUGCCUGUUAUACAAGAGUUUGGCGGCAGUAGCACCCACGAGAGCUUGUUAUGGGCCAUGUAUGGGCCUACCGAAGCUACCAUCCAUUGUACUCUGCAAACCUCACUCCCAUCUGAGUCGUCCCCGGGCAGCAUUGGAGUGCCGCUUGACACUGUGUCCUGCUUCAUAAUCAAGCCUGCUGAAUCAGCAGACGAUGCUCAAGACUUUACUCUUCUUCCCCAAGGUGAAGCAGGAGAGCUUGCCGUAGGAGGCUUUCAGCUGGCCAGAGGCUACAUCAAUAGACCGGAGCAAACCUCGUCUGUCUUCAUUGACUCUCCCUACGGAAGAGUUUAUCGGACUGGAGACAGAGCAGUAAUGAAGCCUGAUGGCACUCUCGAAUGCCUUGGUCGGUUGUCAGAUGGUCAGGUAAAACUUCGUGGGCAGCGUAUCGAGCUCGGGGAAAUCGAGCAUGCUGCGCUGAGAACUGCAGGAUGUCAUGGUGCUAGCGCUGCAGUGAUCGACUCUCAAUUGGUGCUCUUUUGCUCUGUGGAACAAGGAGUGGGUGAAGACGACAUCCUGUUUAGCUGUAAAUCGUGGCUACCUCGAUAUAUGGUUCCAAGUGAACUUGUCAUAAUGACAGAAUUUCCUCGACUACCUAGUGGUAAAGUUGAUGCAAAAAAACUAAAACACAACUUUUCAGAGAAAAAUACGACAAAGAAUAUGGCCGUGGAUACUUUGAAUGAGCCCACAGAGCAGGAGAAAGCAGCACUGAACAUCAUUUCGGAGACUUUGCAUCGGUCCGUCAAUAUUGGCUCUACGUUAACGUCUGUCGGUCUGGAUUCUCUAUCAGCAAUAAGAUUGGUUUCUGCCUUUCGGCAGAAGGGUUAUGAGAUUUCAGUUACCAGCUUGCUGAAAUGCCGCACAGUAGCUGAUUUAUGCACCAGCUUACAGAAAGCCCCUGAAACAUCAUCGCAACGUAACGAAACACAUGCCCCAUUACUCGACUCAAGAUCAAUAUCUGAGCAGCACCCGUUACUAGCUGGUCUUAGCCAGUUGGUGGAAAAUUGCAUGGAAUGCACGCCGUUGCAGCGGGCAAUGCUGGCUCAAACAGAACACAAUCCGGAGCUUUAUUGCAAUGAAAUGCUCUUCGAAGCUUCGUUCAACGUAACACCACAGGCACUAUUUAAGGCAUUUGAAGCAGUUGUACAAUCCAACCAGAUUCUCAGAACGGGCUUUCUCCAUCGGGAAGGACAAUACGUGUCUGUAUUGUUUUCGGAGCCACUCGACGGGCAAAUUACAGUGCAAACAAAGUGUUGUGAGGGGUCCAACGUUCGAUCUCCAGUCGACAUCUUGCGACCAUUUCUCGUUCAAAUAAUAGAUAAUGGGGAAGAGAUGUCACCGAACAUUCUCAUCCGUGCACACCAUGCAAUCUACGAUGGGUGGUCAAUGGACAUGAUUAUUGCAGAUGUCUCGUGCAUUGUCAAGGGAGGAGUCCCUGCAUCUCGGCCACAAUUCAAGCAGGUUCUUGAUUUCCAAAGCCAAGUCACAAUAGAAGAUGAAGAUGAUUCCAGAGCAUUUUGGACUAGUAAUCUUCUCGGUUGGAACAAGAUAUCUUUCCCCAAACUUGUUGGCCAAGCACCGUCUGAUCAGAUCUUGUCAGAGGAGGCUUUUUUGAGAAUAUCUCCGGACAUCGUUCAAAGCAUGUCUCUGUCCCAUGGAAUAAGUAGCCAGGUGAUAUUUCAGGCAGCCCUGGCGAUGACAUGGCAAGGGGUGGUCGGAAAUUCGGACAUCUUACUCGGUUCGGUUGUUUCGGGAAGGACUAUUCCCGUUCCUGGCAUCGAGCGUAUUAUUGGUCCUUGCAUUGCGGCAAUGCCGCUGAGAAUCGAUACCAGUAAUAUGAACGCGAACAUUGAUGCUCUCAAGGCUAUUCAGGCCCAAAAUCGCGCAAUUAUGGAACACUGCAGUGUCCCGUUGGCUGAGAUUUGCAAACUCGCACGUCUCGCACCCUCAGAGUCAAUAUAUGAUGUCUUAUUCGUGUAUCAGCAGUCCCUAUAUGAAUGGGAAUUGCAAAAUAGUGUCAUGAAACAAAUCAGACACAUAGAUAGGCUCGAUACAAAGCUUCUGGUGGAAGUUGAGCCUAGAAAAGACGGAUAUGCACUGCAAAUGACGUAUCAUUCCUCGGUUCUCUCCGGAGAUUUUGUACAACUCUUGGUUGAGCAGAUGAAGGAGCAUUGCGAGAAGAUUCUUGCCCAACCCACCGGACCGCUCAUGCUAUCAAAACAUCUCGAGGGGUUAGAAAUGUCAAUCUUCCGCGAAAAAACAAGAGUCGACAAUGAGCCUGCGGACGUUGCAGCUCUAUUCAAUGCAUCACUUAUGCGAAAUCCUCUUGCAGAAGCCAUAAGAUUUGUCGCACGUACGGCGGAAGGAGAAUUGAAAGAGUCGACGCUAUCCUAUUCGCAAUUGAGCACUGCUUCAAACCAAAUAGCUCAUUACAUUCGCGGCUCCGGAGCCGAAGUGGGCGAUGUUAUUGCCAUCAUGAUGAAUAAGUCUACUACGUUAUACACUUCGAUUUUGGGUAUAAUUAAUGCAGGGUGUGCUUACUUGCCUAUCUUACCCACUACACCUAUGGAACGGGUACGCGAAAUACUUCGACAAUCGCAUACUAAAUAUUGUCUUGUUGAAGACGAGGUGGCUUGUUGUGCACAUGAAUUUCCCAACUCAACCACCGUCCUGAACAUGAGCACCGCAUCGUUUCGCACCAUGCCUUCAAAUCCACCAUUCGUCCAGCCCGAUCCGGAUCGCCUUGCAUACGUCAUUUUCACCUCGGGAACGACGGGGGUACCCAAGGGUGUGGCAGUUUCGCAAAGAAACCUGGCUAGCAAUAUUACCUACCUGGAUACUAUCUAUCCGAAAUCAGCUCAGCCCCAUCUCCUUCAAGCGUGCUCUCACGCCUUUGAUGUAUCCGUCUUCGAAAUAUUCUACGCAUGGUAUGCCGGCAUGUGUUUAUGUGCUGCGCCCAAUGAUGUCAUCUUUGGAGAUCUAGAAUACUGGAUCAGAGAGCUGCAAAUUACACACCUCAGCUUGACCCCUACUGUUGCAUCUCUAAUAGAUCCCAAAAAUGUGCCCCAAGUCGAAUUCCUUGUUACUGCUGGAGAGCCUAUGACCACGUCAGUACUUGAAAAAUGGGGAAGUUUACUAUUUCAAGGAUACGGCCCGUCAGAAACAACAAAUAUUUGCAGCGUCAAGAGAAUGUCCAGAGGCGAUAAUAUCGAACACCUCGGCUGGGUUUUCCCAAACACGUCCGUCGUUGUCAUGGUACCAGACGGCCUAGAUGCAGUACCCCGUGGCUGGGUUGGCGAGUUUUGCUUUGGCGGAAGCCAAGUCGCCAAUGGCUAUCUGAACGAUACAACUCUGACAACUCAGAAGUUUAUUGACCAUCCAUCAUUUGGAAGACUGUAUAGAUCUGGAGACUUGGGUAGAAUGCUCCCUGACGGAUCGUUAGUCAUCAUGGGCCGACUCGAUGACCAACUGAAGCUUCGUGGCCAACGAAUUGAGGCGCAGGAAAUUAAUAGUAUUUUGACAAGCACAGAAUUGGUGACCACCGCAGUGACCAUACUGGUGCAGAGCAAGUCUGGUCGGUCGAACCAGUUGGCUACAUUCUAUAAGCCAUCCAGCGCUGUGUCAUCUUCAAACCCGCUGGAUGUAACGAAAAGCAGUAACCAAAUGCUUUUUGCCACUCUCAAGACGAAAUUACCGGCAUAUAUGGUGCCUUCCUAUCUUGUUCCAGUACCGUACGUCCCGAUGACAUCUAGUGGCAAGGUGGAUAGACGACACUUGCUACAUUGGUUCGAGGGCCUUUCAAGCGCGUAUCUGGAGGACGCAUCUCCAGCACUCAAUCAACCCAAUGUUGCUGAAAGUUGGUCUGAUAUUGAGUCAAGAAUUGCAACAGCCAUAUCCGAGUCAAUGCAUGUCUCCCUGAACGAGAUUGGACGAUGGACCCCAUUCCUAACUCUAGGAGUUGACUCGAUUUCUGCGAUUGGGUUGGCUAAGUCAUUAAGAACGCAUUUAGAUUCCCAAGUUGCAAUAUCUGCAAUUUUACAGAACCCUUCUGUUGCUCAACUUGGCCACUUUCUAGCCAGGGAUGAUGGCAAAGGCCUUGCUGAAUUAUCCAGCAAGAUGAAAACGUCGUUCGAAACAUUUGAGAGAGAAGUUGGUGGCUCUUUAUCCGACAGGAUACAGGAUUUAGAGGCUAUUUUGCCUUGUAUGCCGCUUCAAGAAGCCAUGUUGAUACAAGGCCAGGAAAGUUACUACAACAGAAUACUCCUCAGGCUACACGUGUCGCCUGAAGAGAUGAAGACGUAUUGGAGACAACUGUCCAACAGACACAGCAUAUUAAGGACAUGUUUUGUUACGACAACUAAUUCAAGGUAUCCUAUUGCUCAAGUAGUUUUGCGCAACUGGGAUCUUCCGUGGAGAGAAUUCGAAGUUACUGUGCCAUCACUUGAAGGAGCAAGCCGGGAGCAUCUUAAUUCGCUUCCUGAUCCUCUGGAUUCUUUGGUACCUCCAUGCUCCCUAGGUCUCAUUCGAUAUAAAGGGUCUAAUUUUCUGUCUUUCAUAUGUCAUCAUGCUUUGUAUGAUGGCAUAGCCAUGGAGAACCUGUGGAGAGAGGUUGAAGCAUUGGCUCAAGGAUGUCAGCUGCCAGACGCUGUAUCAUAUCUGCCGUUUCUCCAACAGGCCCUUUCUUUGCCAGUAGGAGUGGAGUCUUUCUGGCAAGAGCAAUUCCGAGGGUUUCAAUCAUCAACCGCCUUUGCAAGGUCAGCACGAUCAGGCAUCAAUCAAAGUACAAACUCUGUGUCCAUUGAUAUGAGUUUCAAAGAUAUCCAGCAAAGAGUUAGAUCUUCAGGAGUGUCGCUACUAUCACUUUGCCAGGCAUCCUGGGCAGCAGUUCUGGCGUGUGUUUUCGAUGACCCAGAUGUUGCUUUCGGAAAUGUUGUUAGCGGUCGUACGAUAGGCGUUGAUGGAGUUCAUAAGUUGGUUGCACCUUGUUUUAAUACGGUUCCCGUUCGUUUGGACACGUCACGAAGUGCGCAGAACAUUGACUUGGUCAAAGCCUUUCAGGAGCUGAAUUCAAAGCUGCUGCCUUAUCAAUUCUCACCCUUAAAGCUUGUACAGAAAGUUGUUGGAGGUCGACGUCGACAUCUAUUUGAUACCUUGUUCCUUUUGCAACAACCUCUGAAAGAAAUGGACAAGAAUGUAUGGACCCUCCAGGAAGAUGUUGGCAACAUGGAUGUCCCCAUUGUGUGCGAAGUUAUACCAUGCCCAAACUUGAACUCUAUUGUUGUCAACUUGCAUUACGACAUGGAUAUGAUCACACCCGACCUCGCGUCGGUGGUCACGGAUAUGUUCAAGUUUAUUAUACGAUCAGUGGUAUCAUUACCUUUUGGACCGGUCCCAAGUCGAUCGACCAUCCCGAGCCACUUCUCGCAGGGCCUAUUAGGUCUUGUGUUAAAGAGAGAAAGGUCCGAUGAGGAUUCGAUCGAGACGACUAGUAGCCAAUGGUCUAGUCUUGAAAUGAAGAUACGAAAGGUUAUUUCCAACAUUUCAGGCGUAUCGGAAGCCGCCAUUCGCCGAGAAACAACCAUCUUUCAGGUUGGACUGGACAGUAUUAAUGCAGUUCAAGUUGCAUCGGCACUACGAUCUCAAAACCUACCUGUGUCAUCAUCUGAUGUCAUAGAGUGUUCUAGCUGCAGCAAACUGGCAUCUAGAAUAAGCCAAAACUCAGAAGAGCUAAAACAGGAGAACGUUUGGAUAGACUUCUCUGCGUUCCAGAACCAAGUAAAGCCAUAUGCUCUGGAAAAACUGCGGCCUACCACGGAAAUUGAAGCCAUUCUUCCGUGUACUGCAGUGCAAAAUGCUAUGCUAAUGGCGUUUAUGCACUCAGACGAGGCAAACUACCUCAAUUCGCUCUCCUUCAAGAUCAAGGAAACUGUAGAUCUCAAUUCUCUAUUUGUCGCAUGGCAACUACUUCAUGGUCAACACCCGAUGUUACGCACUGGGUUUGUCCCCGUUUCACACACAGGCAGCACGUUCGCAAUGGUCAGACAAAAAUCCACUAGCCUAACGCACCCGAUUACAUUGUUUGACAGACUGCCAUUUGUCUUGGAGGAUUGGAAAGCGGAGUGUAGAUCAUUCAUGCUUGCAAACUUACAUGAACCAGCCUGGAGAGUGGCCUUGGUGAACACCGGCUCACAGAUGCUUAUGCAUAUUGUUAUACACCACGCACUCUAUGAUGCGCAAUCUCUAGAUGGCUUAUUCCAAGGUCUGUCUUGCUUCCUUCUAGGGGAAUCGUGCACUUUCUCCAACAUUGAGCCCGCUCUAGCGGACGUAUUGUCGAGAGCAAAAUCCGAACUAUCAGAAGGAAAGAAAUUCUGGGAAGAACAGGCGGUGCGGGUAGUGGUGAACAAAUUUCCCAUCAUGACCUCACUUCGAGAGCCAGUGGGAAGACUCACUGUUAACGAACACAUUUCGUCCAUGUCCGUUGGAGAGCUACAAGAGGCGACCCAAGCAGUAGGUGUAUCGUUACAGGCUGCGUUGCAAGCCAGUUGGUCGCGAAUAUUGGCGUCUUACCUAGGAGAACAGUCUGUUACCUUUGGCGUUGUACUGGCCGGGAGAACUUCAGACGAAACUGCCGACUCCCCAUUCCCUUGCCUUGUCACGCUGCCCAUCGUGGCAGAAGCAGAAGACUCUAAUAUGGGGUUGCUGCAGAAUAUGAUGGCGUACAAUUCCAACCUAUAUAAGCAUCAGUUUAACCCUUUAGCGGAGGUUAAGAAAUGGCUAGGUCAUCCCGCCUCACCUAUAUUCGACACCGUCUUGGUAUAUCAGAAGACAAGCGGCCCACACUUAAACACAGAUCAAUGGAAGUUGAUGGAGGACCUCCCAUCUGUGGAGUAUUCAGUUUCACUAGAAGUUGAGCCGCUUGAAGAUGAGCAACUUCAUCUUCGACUUACGACCAGGUCCGACAUCGUACCACAUGAGCAAGCGGACUUGAUGCUUAAGCAGUUCGACGCUAUGUUGACUCACUUAUUGAAGCACCCAAAUGCGACGCAGAAUGAGAUUUACAAAUACCAUCAAAGUUUGUUUUCCAUUACUCCUCCCAGAAUACCUGUAAUUGAUGCACCGGUUGAGUUUGUACAUCAAUUCGUCGAGAGAAAUGCUGAGUUACAACCCAACUUCCCAGCUCUGGAGUUUGUUUCAGAUUUCAAUGGCACGCCUUCUUCAAAAAUGACAUGGACUUACAAAGAAUUGGAUGAUCUCGGAAAUCAAGUUGCUCAUUUGUUGUCCAAGGUUGUUCGUGUGGGAAACAUUGUGGCUGUUCACUUCCCCAAGUGUCCCGAAGCGUACUUCUCGAUAUUGGGCAUUCUUAAGGCCGGCUGCUCGUUUGUGGCUCUAGACCCUGACGCCCCCAAAGCACGAAAGGAGUUUAUUCUUGAAGACUCCAAAGCUGCAUGUUUGUUGAUAACGAACAACUCUGAUCUACUCUUUUCUGUCAAGAUACCCGCCAUCACUAUUAAUGAGGAGAGCCUCCGAUCACAUCCAUCCGACCCAAUUAUGCAUGGCGAGGCGUUCACACCACAAAACACUUGCUAUUGUCUGUAUACCUCAGGUACUACUGGAACUCCUAAAGGAUGCGAAAUUACACAUGAAAACACCGUUCAAGCCAUGAUGGCAUUCCAGCAUCUUUUUCAAGGCCACUGGCAGAAGGAUUCCAGGUGGCUGCAAUUUGCAGCAUUGCACUUUGAUGUUUCUGUGCUUGAGCAAUAUUGGAGCUGGUCUGUUGGAAUUACGGUUGUUGCCGCGCCAAAAGACUUCAUACUGGAUGAUCUCACAGGGUCUAUUAGCAAGAUGGAAAUUACACACAUAGAUCUGACACCCAGCCUGGCGCGGCUCAUCCACCCGGACCAGCUUCCAAAUCUAUGUAAGGGUGUUUUUAUCACUGGAGGAGAGCAGCUGAAUCAAGAAAUACUGGACUCCUGGGGGCCCAAGGCAGUGAUUUACAAUGCCUACGGGCCGACCGAAGCAACUAUAGGUGUCACAAUGUAUCAACAAGUCCCAAUUAAUGGCAGGCCAAGUAAUAUCGGACGACAAUUCCCAAAUGUCGGGUCAUACGUCUUUCAACAGGGCACUGAUAUUCCGGUACUGAGAGGGGGCGUAGGGGAGUUAUGCGUGUCGGGAAAACUGGUCGGCAAAGGUUAUCUUCAUCGGCCAGAGUUGACGAACGAGAGAUUCCCCAAACUUUCAGAAUUUAAUGAGCGGAUCUAUCGGACGGGAGAUCUCGUGAGGAUUCUUCAUGACGGAUGUUUUGACUUCCUUGGCAGGGCCGAUGACCAAGUCAAGCUGCGGGGGCAGCGUCUGGAAAUUGGUGAGAUAAAUCACGUCAUACGAAACAAUACCUUGGGGGUCAAGGAUGCUGCUACCCUAGUCAUGAGGCAUGGAAGUAAAGAUGUCUUGGUUGCAUUUCUGGUUGGAGAGGGCGAAAAGGCGUCCGAUCUCUGCAUGGUGUCUGAUGAAGAUGCAUUGGGCGCCAAAGCGCGAGCGUCGUGCCUCGACAGUUUACCUGGAUACAUGGUUCCUACGUAUUUUAUUCGACUAUCGCGUAUUCCGCUUUCACCAAACAAUAAGGUUGAGGCCAAGGAGCUGAAAAUGCUGUUCCACAGCCUCCUCCCGGACGAGCUCGUGAAGCUCACAGGGCGAGACACAACAUCUUCAAGCAGCGAGAUAGAUGCAGCUGUUAUGAAACGUCUUAUUGAAGCGUUGGCGUGUUUUACUUACCUGCCUACAUCCGCAAUACACGAGACAACAAGUAUAUUUGAUAUCGGGGUUGACUCAAUUUCUGCCCUGCAACUGUCUACCGCACUGAAGCGCGGCGGGUUCCCCAAAAGCACGCCUGCCAUGAUACUGCGCAGUCCUAUUGUGUCAGAUCUGGCCCGGUUACUUUCCAGAAAGCUUACGUCGACGAAAGAACGUGACGAAACAAAGGAAAUCGAGCAAGUAUUACGAGCGUACCAACAGCGAUAUCGUGCUCUUGUCUGCCGCGAGCUGCGGGUGAAGUCUGCCGACAUCGAAUACAUCGCACCUUGUUCACCCCUCCAAGAAGGAAUGAUAUCGGCUGCUGUUGCAGAAGAAGGUUCCCAUAUGUACUUCAACUCGUUCGACUUUCACGUCAAAGAUGAUGUACCAAUGGACAUGGUGCGUCAUGCUUGGGAGACGACCAUCCGCGACCAUUCAAUAUUGCGAUCAGUCUUCGUAAAGACAAUAGAUGGGUAUCUUCAAGUCGCUUUGCAUGGAAUUGAUAAUUUCUGGCGGGAUUUGGUUGCCAGUGAUGACGGAGAUGUUGACAAUAUCCUUGAGCAGGCAAGGUUGAGCUGGACCAGAGACAACACCCUUCAUAUUCUAUCGCCAUUGCAAUUGAUCCAGGUGAAAGGACCUGGGAAACGAGCUCUCCGACUCUAUAUCUUCCAUGGGCUUUACGAUGGAAACAGUUUCAAUCUUAUGAACGAGUAUGCUUCGUGCGUCCAUCUAGCAAAGAAACCGCCAACUCGACCUAGCUUUGUUGAUGUCUUAACACACGGUCCCUUACGCAAUUUUGACUUCUGCAGGCCAUUUUGGGCCAAACAUUUAGAACAUUGGCAGCGCUGUGAAAUGCCCAAGAUUUCGCCGCUCGCCUCCAACAAUGCAGAGAUCGUAUCAUUGUCUAGACGCCUUACAAUCAAACGGUUAGAUGAGCUUCGUCGCCAGCAAAGCGUUACUCUUCAAACAAUUGUUUUAUCCAUCUGGACAAUUGUGCUCCAGAGGCACGUCUCCAAACCAUUUACAACCGGCAUAAUCGUUGCUGGCAGAUCGUUGGACGUACCGAAUGUUGAGAAUACUAUGGGCCCCUUAUUCAACACUGUCCCCUUUUUUAACUUGACUUUGAAUGGUCUCUCUUGGGAGGCGCUGGUUCAAAAAUGCCACAAGUUCAACACUGAUAUCCUUUCUUUUCAACAUGUACCACUUCGUGAUAUCCAGAAGUGGUGCUCAGAUGGUCAAUCGCUGUUCAAUAAUCUCUUUGCUUUCCAACUGGAGAAGCCAGACCCGAAUCCUGACGCUAUACCAUGGACCAUAAUUGACAAUAAGGCCACCAGCCUUGACUAUCCGCUAGCAUUCGAGGCCACUCGGACAAAGGAUGGCCAUCUUAGCCUCUAUCUGGUUGCUCACCCAGAUAUUGCUGAGGAAGAUACAUUGGAGCAAAUGCUUGAUCACUUUGAACAAGUUGUGUUGACAGUUGAACCUGGUACAGUGAUUGCUCUGCCACCACACAGCAACUUCAGCUUUCCCAAAAAUAUCAAGCCAGAACCAUUCAGCCCCAAGACUUUCGUACCAGAGAGGCUUCACUGGACUCCGGUUGGCUUAGCACUUAGGGAUGAGUUCUGUACGUUCGCCAAUAUUCCUGCAGAAGACGCUUCUCCUGGCACCUCAAUACUGGACCUCGGAAUAGACAGUAUUGAUGCUAUCAAAAUUUCCGCUAGGCUUGCAAAGAGACACAUAAAACUGUCCGCAUCUCAAAUAAUGCGCCACCAGACGAUUUCGGCGAUUGCUGCUACUGCUUCAAAUCUGAAUCACGACGCUCUACUAAAAAGCUCCAUCGACACAGGCAAGGCUGAGAUUCAGUCUCGUCUGCAUUCGUACAUUCAGGGCCAAGGAGUUGAUCCCAACAAUGUAGAAUUGGUUCUCCCAUCUACUGCGCUUCAGGAGUCCAUGAUUUCAGCUAUGGUACAAUCAGAUUUCCAAUUGUAUUUCAAUCACGACAUCCUGGAACUGGAUAAAACAGUUAGCCUGAGCAAGUUGAGAGAUGCCUGGUUGGAAGUAAUCAAAUCAUCGCCAAUACUCCGCACGGCCUUUUUCGAGAUCGAUGACAAUAAUCCGGAUAUGGUCUACUGCCAAGUCGUGUAUAAGCAGGCUACCGCACCUGUUGCUAUGCAUAAACUUGCUGGUGCUUCAAGCUUACAAGACUUGAUGAAGACGGCAACAGAGACCGCCAUCCGAGGAGAGGCACGGAAUAACCUUUUUCAAGUGUCUCUUGUUUCCACUGACAGCCAGAACUAUAUGGUUCUCUCCGUAGCGCAUGCCCUCUACGAUGGCUGGUCAUUGGCGCUCUUGUACAAUGAUCUAGCAAAGGCAUAUCGGUCCGAGUUAGAGCCGCGAAGAUACUCGGAGGUUCUCAUGUCUCAACCUAUUAUAUAUGAAUAUUCCGACGUAAAUGGCUUCUGGGGAACAUAUCUCGCUGACGCUAGCCCGACUGUAUUCAGAUCGGGUCGCCCUUCAGCUCCGCUAAAUCCCAGCAAUAUUAUCAGGAACGAGCAUUUGUCAUCAAAGUCCCUAACUGAAAUCAAUAUCUUUUGCAAGAAGACCUCGAUUAGCCUGCAGUCAUUGUGUAUGGCAUGUUGGACAGCAGUCGCUGCGCAUUUUACGCGGUCGCUGGACACAGUCUUUGGAAUCGUUCUCUCGGGGCGAGAUUUCGAAGGUGCUGAUGAGCUAGUAUUCCCAUGCAUGAACACUGUCGCCGUCCGUUCAGUCAUACAUGCGAAUGUGUCUAGUUUUCUCAGAUAUAUGGAGGCCAAUCUUGCGGAUAUACGCGAUCACCAAGGAUUCCCACUUCGGAAGGCACAGGCAGCCGCAAAGCUCGGCGGCAAAGAGCUCUUCAACUCAUUGUUCAUUUUACAAAAGACGCCGAAUAUAGAGGCUUCGGGUUCAAUGUGGAGGUCUAUCGGCGGCGCAUCUGCAGUAGAGUACCCGGUUUGUGUCGAAGCAGAGCCGAUCCAAGACCGACUUUGUUGGCGCAUUGCGUGCAAAUCAGAUGUAUUGUCACAGCUCGAUUCAGAAGACGUGCUGGUCAAGUUGGAUCAGAUUUUGAACUUCUUCUUAGACUUUCCUGAGUCCGAAAUUCUGUCAUUUACAGAUGGCCUCGUUUCUAUCUGUGCAUUGCCUCAGAUAGCAAUAGAGGAGCAGCCAGCCAACAGUCAUACGACUGCCACAGCCGACGAUGAUAUGGAUGAUGCAUACUCGUGGAAUCACACUGCCCUCCUCAUCCGCCAGAUCCUUUCAGAUGUUUCAUCUUUGCCGAUCGAGUCCAUUUUGCCCACGUCCACGCUCUAUCACCUUGGACUGGAUUCCAUUAGCGCUAUCAAAGUCUCCAUGAUGCUGAGAAAGGUCCAAAUUGACCUCAAGCCACGGGAGCUCAUUGGAGCCGAUAGCAUCAAAGAAAUUGUUCGGCUCGCAGAGCUAGAUCACAAACCUCAAAAGGAAGAAUCUUUUAAUGCUGCCCAAUUGAAGCUUCCUGCUUCUGUAUCCCAAGAAAGCCUGCUCAACCUACACAAUAUCCUCCAACAGGAUGUCGAAGCCGCUCUACCUGCCACUCCUUUGCAAAUUUAUAUGCUGAGCGCAUGGCAAAAUUCCAACGCCUCAGUAUUCUUCCCCGAGUUCUGUUACGAGAUUAUUGGAGACUAUACCUAUGAGCAACUUGUGGAAGCAUGGGAUCAGGUUUGGAGACACAUCCCAAUUCUACGUGUUCGUUUCAUGUCCACCGGAGAUAUAGAAAUGCCCUGGAUUCAAGUUAUUUUGAAGCCUAGUUCAAAUUCCUCAGGUCACAUGUCUGAGCCCUUGUGGCGUUUUUCCGUCUUGAAAGUCGAAGACGGAGGUUCUUGGCUGCUGAGACUGAGCAUCCACCACUCUCUAUACGAUGGCUUCAGCUUGCCCAAACUCGUGCAGCUUUACUACGAAGCGAUACAGAACACGGCAGAGAGCGCCAUUACUCCCAACGUAGAUCUCAUAAGCUGGCAGAAUUACACGAUCAGGCCAACACUGAAAGCAAGCAUUGAUUCCAGAAAUAGAUUCUGGUCGGAAUACUUGGUCGGGUGUUCGACAUCUCCUGGCUCCCCGAUACCAUAUGCAAGCGAGCGUGUGUCAUAUAUACGACGUCACGCCUUCCUCAAAACUAAGGAAUUACAGCAAGUUGCAUCGUCACACGGCAUAAGUCUACAGUCUCUCUUUUUGGCCGCCUAUGCCAAGACCCUAUGUGUCAACGUCGGAGCCCAAGAUAAUACACAAUCGGUCAUCUUCGGUAUUUACCUAGCCAAUAGAGACACGGAGACUGACAACUUGGAUGAGACAUAUCCAACAAUGAAUAUUGUCCCCCUUCGCGUCCAAAUCGCCCCAGGAGACAAUUUGAUCAAGGUCGCUGCAGCCAUCCUGAAAGACUUGCAGCUUAUUCAAUCCAAUGGCAGGGCAACUGUCGGGCUUUGGGAAAUCUAUGAAUGGACGGGCAUACAGAUUCAGAAUUUUGUCAACUUUCUUUCGCUCUUGGAUGAUGACGCCAACUCAGGAAAACCUGGGCUCGUACGAAGGAGGACAGAGGAUAAGUUAUCUACAAAGGGCUUAGAUCUCCUGAAACAGCCUUGGCUGCAGAACAAUGCUGUGAGGAAAGCCUAUCCGGCGUCCCUCGAUAUUGAAGCAUCAGUACACGAAGAUAGUUUGGACAUUGGCGUAUUUGGAUCUACGGAUAGUUUAUCUCAUGAUGAUAGUUCACGAAUCGUGGAUAACAUAAUUCAGCAUCUUGCAAGCGUGAAAUUAGCAUAG